ACGAAUCAUACGCAGUGGCGAAGCUAAGAAUCCGCAAGCGCUCCCAUCACAGUGGAAAGAAGAAAAAAACCCUCACACCCGCAUACUCGUUCCUCUCUUUUACGACUAGCUACAGCCGAGCAACCUGACUAGAACACGCCAAGAAGGUCCGGUCCAACAGUGGCACUCGGCAUCACAGCGACGGAGAGGACAGAGCGCUCGGACAUGUCUGGCUCAUCGGGGCAGAGGAAGGGGGCGGCAGCCCGUCUGAGAAAAUGUGCCUUCUGCAAAACCAACCGGGACAAGGAGUGCGGGCAGCUGCUGGUGUCGGACAACCAGAAGGUGGCCGCCCAUCACAAGUGCAUGCUUUUCUCCUCCGCGCUGGUGACCUCUCACUCGGACAGUGAGAACAUCGGGGGCUUCUCCAUCGAAGACGUGAAGAAGGAGAUAAAGAGGGGAAACAAGCUGAUGUGCUCGUCCUGCCACCGGCCUGGCGCCACCAUCGGCUGUGAUGUGAAGACGUGCCGGAGGACAUAUCACUACUACUGUGCCUUGUGGGACAAGGCCCAAAUCAAGGAGAACCCCUCCCAGGGCAUCUACCUUGUGUACUGUCGUAAACACCGGGACACCAUACAAGACUCCAGCGAAGAUGAACUGGGGGGUGUGGCCAAUGACUCAGACUCCUCCCCUCCCAGAGGCAGGGGGCGGGGUCGUUUAGAUAAGGGGCGGAUCAAGGCCAGCUCUCGCGGCCAAUCGGAUGACACCCGCUCUACGUCCUCGCACGGAGCGGAUGAUAUGGAGAGCGCCUUGCACCGGGACCGCUCCCCCCUGCGGGGCAGCCCCAGUGACUCCGGCCUCCGCUGCGGCUUCUGCCACGCCGGGGAGGACGAGAGCGAGACGCGCGGCGUGCUGCACGCCGACAGCGGGAAGAAGGUCGCCGCGCACUACAAGUGCAUGCUCUUCUCUUCCGGGACCGUCCAGCUCACCACCACCUCCCGCGCUGAAUUUGGGAACUUCGACAUUAAAACCGUCAUCCAGGAGAUAAAGCGGGGGAAGCGAAUGAAAUGCACCCUGUGUGCCCAGCUGGGAGCCACCAUUGGGUGUGAGAUUAAGGCCUGCGUGAAGACCUACCACUACCACUGCGGUCUGCAGGACAAAGCCAAGUACAUCGAGAACAUGGCACGAGGCAUCUACAAGCUGUACUGUAAGAACCACAGUGGGAAUGAGGAGCGUGACGAAGAGGAUGAGGAGAGGGAGAGCCGCAGUCGACAGAGGGCCUGCAUGGACCGGGGAGGCACCCUCCCCCUGCCCCCGCCUCAGAUCAACGGCAACUAGGCACUCCUCGCUGUACGCACGCACAGCCUCAAUUGACUAGGUUGGUGGUUUUUAAGAUGACACAAGGAUGUGGUGCCAUGGGGAUCAAAGACGGAAAAAAAAUAUUUUUGUAUUGCAUUGUUCUCUGAAAAAUAAGGGCCCAUUCAUUUCAAUCUCCUGAAAGAUUCUCGUUGCCUCUGAUAAGACACACAGCCACAACAUGCAGAUGCCACUCCCGUGCCUUCUACAGUAACCUGUAACGUAUACGCGGUUUCUGUGGGGGAGUUUUUUCCUGUCACAUUACAUCUUAGGCCUUCAGCAGACACUUAUGCAGAGCAGCUUAUAGACAGCUUUCGGUUUUUACGCAAUUCGUUUACACAGCUGGGCAGUUAGUACUGAAGCAGGUUGAGUACCUUACUCGAGGUAACACAGCAGCGCUCCAACAGUGACUGAACCCACACUAGGCCAGUUCCCUAACCUGUAUGCUGCACUGCACAGCCGUCCUGUUGCCAUACUCCCACGGACAAUACACGACAAGAACCAGGAUGCCCUGCGGAAGACUGAGACGCAGGACUGUGGCGUUGUGCUGCCAUUGCUCACUCUGGUCAGUGUGGGACACUAACACACUCUACAUAUGACAGGACUGGAACAUGGCCGCCUUCUAUGUCCUGCUCACGCUGUGCUCCCCUGAUUCACUCAAAAUGGAGGAGAAAAAAAAAACAUUUUUCAGGAUCCAUUACGAGGAGGUUGUCAUUUUGUUUUGUUUACCUUUUUUUUUUCUUGCCAAUCGUCGAGGCAUAACUCAUUUUCUUUUUCUAGAAAGUGUAAUAUUUUUCCCCCUUUAAUCAUGUAUUAUAUUUUACUACCGUAUUAUCAUGAUUGUUAUUGGGAAUGUCUGUGGCUUUCUUUAUACUCGGUCAGGAUUAAAAUUCCUCUGGUAGCAUGA